AUGCCCAAUAACAACAUGACCAUCCUCAACCUCGCCUUCCUCUGUCUUAUCGCCCUCUCCCCCGCCGUCUCCGCCACCACCGGCUGCUACACGACCCCGGGAGAGCUCGUCGCGCAGGGGACCUACCAAUUCCAAUCCAACGGCUACUGCCAACAGAUCUGCACCAGGCAAAACCACACUGUCUACGCCCUACACAACGGCAACGAGUGCUCCUGCGGCGACCAACUCCCACCCUCGUCCGACAAGGUCGCAGACACGGAAUGCGACAGCCCCUGCUCCGGAUUCCCCUCUGAAACCUGCGGCAGCACCAACACCUGGACCGUGAUCACCGACUCCAGCAACGCCAAACGCGACGACGACUCCUCGGUGAUCGUCACCGCGCCCGACACCCCCGACCCGAUGGCAACCUACAAGGUCAACCCGACGAUGGUGGAAACGGGCAUCGCGAUCGCCAGCACGGGCGAGGCCGACAGCGUGCCCAAGACGGCCAUCCCGAGCGUGAUCCUGACCGCGCCAUCGACGACCGCGCCGCAGCACGGAUCGUCCGCAACGGCAUCGUCGAUGGUCAUUGCGGCGUCGUCGGCUGCGGCGUCGUCUAGCGGGGUGGCUAGCCCGUCGGCUAGUGCAGGGGCUGGGGCAGGGGUUGUGGCUCAGUCAGGGUCGAUACUGGGGGGUAUGGUGGUGUGUGUGGCUGUGGGGAUGUUCUAUUAG